CGUCUUUUAGCUAAUGUUACGUUUAAUAGUACGUUCAUAGUCAUAAAUAUAUUAAAUUAAUUGUGUUUAUAAAUAAAUAAAUAUGUAAAAAAUAGUAAUGUUAAUAAUUUAAUUCAUUAAAUACGGAUAUUAAACGUGUUAUACGGGUUUUAUACGUGUUUAGUACGGAAGCCGUCAAAUGAACGGAAACAAAUGAAACGACUUGACAAUAAUAGUAUAAUACGGAUACGGAAGUUUUAAACGGAUAAAGUACGUAUGUGUACAUAUACGUGUAUUAAACGGAGUAUUUACUAACUAUGAUCCAACUUAUUAAUUAAAUAUUUUGAAUGACUGAUAAUUAAAAAAGAACAUUGAAGAAGGAAACAAAAAAACAAACAGAGCAUUCAGCAAAGCCAGUAUCAGUCAAAUAAUUGAAGUUCAAAUACCGAGACUUACGGGAGGGCGAGAAUUAAAUAGUUGUGAUAAGAAUCUAUGAAGCAUCAUUUCGAGGCUAUAAUCAUGGAGAAGUUAGGAUUUACAAAAACUAAUAAAGUAUGUUAUAUCGAAUCUCUGUAUAUAAGUGUGUUGGAGUCGAUAUUUUUAGUUGCACAUCACAAAAAGUAUACACACUAAUUAAGCAAAGAAUUUAGCAAGAAAUCAACCUCGAUGAAAAGCUCGUCGUCGUCAACUAUCCUCGCACUUCUUCUGCUGCUUUGUCUCCUUCACGGGAACAAAGCCGCAGCAUCCCCUCGCACUGAUGAAACGAAGUACGGAGUACAGUACUGCAAUUUCGGUUCAUUCCGUGCGUCUUUUCUGCAUCUCCGAUAUGGCGUCUGCGAGGACUCGGUAUGCGACACCGCGUGCAACAUCAAAUUUGGGGAACCUGGAAUACUUAUCAGAGGACAAUGUGAGCGUCGAUACUGCGUAUGUUCCAUGCAGUGCUACUUUCCGGCCCCGCCGCCGCCGCCGGCGAAUCCAGAUCCAGAAUUAAAUUAAGCGAGAGCGAUUAAUUUCAGUGGGACUCAAUAAAUGGAGUGGCGGCAGCCUCCGGUUAGUUUAUGAUUACUCAGUAGCUAGCUACAAGUUUUGUUGUUGGUAGACUAUAUUUUUAUUGAUUUAUUACUACUUAGCUUCCUAUUUUGUAGAAUAGGGAAUCUAGUCCGGUACUAGCUAGUCAUGGAAAAAAUUCAGUUAGUUUAUAAUUCAGGUACUCAACAUUUGUUGCUCCCCCCUUUAUUUUCGUCAAGGUAUUUUAGUCCAAAAACUUACCUCUACAAACAGUCACAUUCUGCCUCCAAAAUGUUUCUUUAGUUUGUUUGUCAAAUGAUCACUCAAGUCAGAGGAAAGAUAAGAUCAGGAUACAAAUAUCAUUACAAUUUACAAGUCAUUGAGAUCGUAGCCAGGAAACAAAAGUCGAACCCACGAAGAACUGUGGGUGACAAAAAUAGAGCGAAAAUGAACCCCCUAUUCUUCGAUCGACCAACGAGCGGCAGAUGGUACGUAGACGGUUCAACAUCCAACAGGUGACAAACCUCUUGAUAAAUUACUCCACCAUGUGCAUCCCAAGUGCAUGCCCGGAGUAAACAUUUGUUAAUAACAGGUUAGUUGUGAAGAAAAGCAAUUAUGGGGUUUCUAACUUUGUGAUAUGUAAGUAGCAUGGCUACUUGAACGUUAUAUUUGGGUCAUAAUUCCUCAUUUAUCAAGUGAUCCAUUGAUCAAAAUACAACAGAGACAAUGUUUGGACCGUUCCCAAGUUGUAGGUCCCUGCACGUUUUUGCCUUCUUUUGCCCUUCUUUUACAGGUUGCUCAACCCAAUCGAAUGAUGGAUGGUUGUUGUAAGACAGAUUCAAUUUCAGGUCAAUCAGACACACACAUCAAAUGCUUCAGUUUUAGCAAUUAUAUCAAUCAUUCACACCUUAUAAUGUGGGAAAUGGUGACCUGUGGUCUAAGAAUAACCUAACCACAACGAUUUAUUAGAUGCAAAUACUAAACCAAACACCCCAACGAUUUAACAGACGAUAAAUCACACAUAUUCAGGAGGAAACAUGAGUCCCCAAAUAAGAUCAAAGGAGACUCCUUAAGCUUUGUUUCAUAAAGGACAUGAAAACCCUAAGGAAACAAUUGUCCUUGGCAAUUAAAGCAGCAAUUUGUAGCAAACCCUGGCAGCGGAACCCAGAAACAUAAAAAAAAGCAAAGGCUUUUAUGUUACCAGUCCGAAUUGCAUUAUGAAUUGAACAUGGGGUGAAAAGAAAUUGAGGAACCCAAUUGGAUGGUUUGGACUGCCAAUAAUGAAAGAGGCAAUUGUGGAAGAUAGAAAAUAUUAAUAGAGCACUAUUAGAAGCUAAUCAAAAGUUCAGAAUCCACAGUUUUUGAACGGGUCCGCUAUGGAAAAUCAUCGUACAAGAACUAAAGACGAAGUGCUUGAAACCAGGUGCGGACCACGGGUGUUUAGGGGUGUCCCCGGACACCCCUAAAUUUUGGGAAAACGAUUAUCCAAUCCCCGGUAGUAAUUUACGUAUUGACAAAAAAAUUAUAAUUGAUAGUCGGGGACACUCCUAAAUGUAAAAAAGUGAUUAUCCUACUCUCAUCUUUUAGUUUGAGUAUAAGAAUAUAAGUCUUAGUUUGGGUAAUUCAAACCUAGGACACUUUUAUUAUUGAUAAACAUAAUUUUCAUUAGACUACAACUCAUAUGUUAUUAAAUUUUAAACACUGUGUAAUAGUAUAAUGGCAUUCUCUAGCUCUAAUUAUUUUCAAAAUCUAACAAUUAAACAAAUUUUAAGCU